AUGCAGACACCCAAACCCUUCAUUCUCUUCUUCAGCCCGGUUAGGCACGCCAAGGCAGCAUAUGAAGAGCUGCAGGAGGUCGCCAGAGUUGAGGUGGUCACCAGCACGAACAGGCAAGAAUUCUUCAAGGAUAUUCAGGACAAGUAUAAGGACAUUCAUGUGAUUUACAGGACAUCAGCAAGUGGUGCUGUUGCUGGGAACUUCGACGUCGAGUUCAUUGAGCAUCUCCCACCGAGCUGCAAGUUUAUUUGUCACAACGGAGCAGGAUAUGAUCAAAUUGAUGUCAAGGCUUGCGCCGAUCGAGGAAUUACCGUCACCUACGCGCCUGACCCCGUCACCAAUGCCACAGCCGACCUGGCUCUAUGGCUAUUGCUGGGAUCAUUGCGGCAACUCAACCCAUCCCUUGGCUCUUUACGCAGGGGAAACUUCAAGACGGGAAUUGAUUUCGGCCGUGAUCCAGAAGGCAAAGUGUUAGGUAUCCUGGGAAUGGGCCGAAUUGGGCGUGCCCUCAAAGCGCGAUGUGAGCCCUUCGGUAUCAUCACACAAUAUCACAACCGCUCAGAACUGCCCCCUGACCAAGCAGCGGGUGCGACAUAUGUAUCUUUCGAAAAGCUGAUUUCUGAGAGUGAUAUGAUCAGCAUUAACAUUCCGCUGAACGCUCAGACAAGGCAUCUCAUUGGCGCCGAACAAAUCACCAGGAUGAAGGAUGGAGUCAUCAUUAUCAACACCGCUCGAGGUGCCGUCAUUGACGAAAAUGCACUGGCUGAGGCACUAGAUUCGGGUAAAAUUGCUGCUGUUGGCCUGGAUGUUUAUGAGCAUGAACCUAUGAUCAACGAACGCCUCUUGAAGAACGAGAGGGCUCUUCUUGUGCCACAUUUGGGAACGCACACGGUAGAGACUCUGACAAAAAUGGAGACAUGUGCUAUGAAGAAUGCGCGACGGGCUGUUUUGGGGGAGCCUCUUCUUACACCUGUUCCAGAGCACGCUGGGCUGCAACGAUCUCCUAGCAACUGUACCAGAGAUGUCUAG